CACCACUGGUCUGCAUAGCUGAAUUGCUUAACAGUACUGUCAUUUUGCUACUUCCACUCAUACUGAUUUAAGCCUCCUAUCUUACCACCCUAGUGAUGAUGGCGGAUCCUUAGUGAUGUCCCAGGCCAAGCCACUUGCCCUCACUUCCUCCAGACAGUUGUCGCUGUCGUGAAACGAAAAGCAGGGCUGACGACCUGGUUGAUGUGUGGAGGACUUGCUUUGUUGGAGUAUGAAGUAACUAAUGACGGAAGACACUUGAUAUUCACUGAUGUUUGCCUCCUUGUCGCAGAUGGAAAAAGGUUACGCACCCCAAGAGACGGCUCCAGGCUAUCCUGGCCCACCCAGGGGUGCUUACGCCCCACCUCCAGGCUUCUCUCCUGGGCAUGUGGCGCACCCCCAAAUGGGAUACCAAGGAGCUCCUGUUCCACCAGUGAUGGUUAUGUCGCCUGCACUGGGUGAUGUCUCAGGCCAAGCCUCAUGUCCUCACUGCCACCAGACCGUAAUGACUGUCGUGGAACCCAAAGCAGGGCUGAUGACCUGGAUGAUUUGUGGAGGACUUACCUUGUUUGGGUGUUUCCUCUGCUGCUGUAUACCCUUCUGCGUGGACUCUUGCAAAGAUACUGAGCAUCGCUGUCCGUCCUGUCAAAACAUCAUCUACGUGUACAAGCGACUUUAAGAUAUUCGCUAAAAGCAGAUUACACAUGAAGGGAAAGUACUGUGGCAUAUAUCAGGCAACAGUUUUCUUCCUCUGAUCAGUGUUGCUUACUUUUACUAUAAAAAGUACUUUGAACCAUAUACAGGGAUGAGCAAACAAAUGAACAACAAAUAAACAAAUCAAUGUAACCUUA